AUGUCAUCUCAAACUGCCUCUGCUAAGCGGCGCCGUCUCGACAAAGCGUCUGCUGCACUGUCCAGACCGUUCAAGUCUCCUCUCCGCAGAGACACGCCAACAGUGAUAAAAGAGGAGGCCGCAUCGCCAGAGAAGGGCCAGAGCAUAGCAUCUAACCCGUCCACUCAAACCACUCCAUCGCUCGAAAAAACCCCACAGAAUCCGCCGCACACACCUACCACGACUAACACAUUAGCCACACCACCACUAACAGCUCGCAAAAGAACAAUCUACGGACAACAUACCGCCGCUUUGCGAAAGCCGGUAUCAACAGACCCGGAGAUCCAAGGCCUGCAGAAAGAGCAACGAACGCUACAGUCUCGCCUGGCGACCCUCCGCUCCGAACUCGAUACAGUGCAGCAGGCUCUCCGUAUCGAGUCUUCGAGUAGAGAUGAAGAGCUCGAGGCACUGAUCGCCAAAUGGAAGAAGGUUAGCCAGGAUGCCGCGGAAGAGGUUUUUACAGGCGCCCAGGAGCGGAUUUCUCGUAUGGGAGGGGUCCAGGGCUGGCGGGAAAAGAUGAGGAGUACCGACAAUAGAUGGGAGCAGGAGGAGAUGGAGUCGUGGUUUGGUAAUGUUAAUGCAGAAGCUCUUGAUUUCGAUGCGGAUGAGGUGGAGGCUCGCAGGGCGGAGAUGAGGGAGGAGGCUGAGAAGAAGGCUCGGGAGGAACAGAAGAAACGGGAGGCAGAGGCGAAUGAGUCUGAGGAGUUUACGAUGGAUAUGAUGCUGAAGACGCUGAACAUUGACUUCAAGCUUAUUGGUUACGACAAGGCGGAUCAGCGAUGGAUUAAGGGAUAA